GUUUUCCAUAUGCAGCCGGGCCAUGUUCAGUACUUCCUCACUUACCUGGCUCAGGGCACUGGCCGUGUUGGCCGGGAUUACCUGAAGAGCUCUGCCGCCGCAAAGCUUUCCAUGCGAGAGCUGCAGAUCUUCAGCAAUUUGCUUCCCGAGUUCGGAAGCUUGCCUUGGGCCUUGAAGCCGGUGCUUGUGCUCUUGGUCGAGCGGCGCUCUCCCAAGACGAGACAACAGGUGUUGGCCGCAGCGGCGCUGAUUACGGCUGCCGCCUGGCUGGCUGCUGGGGGCGGCCUGCUGAUGGCGACAGCGAUGGUAUCGCUGGGAUCUGCCGUAGUUGAUGGUCUCACAGACGGCCUUAUUGCAGCAGAGUCGACAGAAACGUCUGCCGCCAAGCUGCAGUCUCUUUGCCAGUCCGGGCACAGCAUCGGGGCGCUGUUCGUGGGCAUCGCAGCUUGGAUCUUUGCCAUGCCGAGCUACGUGGCUUUGGGCCUGACAGCCGUGGCCUGGGGAGCUGUUGCACCUUUUGCCCUACAAGCUGGCCCUGCCCCUUCUCGAGGCACCUUCGAGAUGAGGCCCGAGGUGCUGCUGCUGGCGCUGCUGGGCUUCUUGGUGUGCCUGGUGCCCCCAGCCGAUAGCUUCCUCUAUCGCCAGCACGUCCUGGGCAUCGCAAGCUUUCAGCAGCCAGUCGUCUCGAUUGCUGGCACGGUGGGGUGGUUCGCGUGCACGGCCAUGUUCCGCAACCUCUCCGAAAACCGCAGUCCAGAAGGCGCCUUGCGUCUAUGUCUGAAGCUUUGGCCGCUGCCCUUGCUCGCAAAGCUGCUGCUGCUGGCACCCAAGCCCUGGGCAAUGGCAGCUGCUCUGCUGGAGAACGCGGCGAGUGAGUUCGGGAAGGCGCUGACGUUUCUGCCGGUGACGGUGCUGCAGCAGCUGAACAGCCCACCUGGCUGCGAGGCCGCCGCCUUUACGCUGAUGCAGAGCGGCGGCACCAUGGGCGCCUGGGCUCACAACCCGGCCCCAAACUGA